GGAUCCGUCUGUCCUAUUCCCAUGGCAUGCCACCAAACAUGGCCGAUAGAUUUUCCUAUCCUACUGCUACUACCUCCUGAUGAUGUUGCUUACAUUGAAGCCUUCCACGCAGAACGGAACGAACGGCCCUCAUGAAUUCUCUAUCGUCCGGCAGUCUGUUCCCGCUCGCCGUUCCCCUCGGACAAUUGUCGCUGCCAAUCCUGCUCCUCUCUCCUCAUCCUCGCAACUGCAUCAAGACCCACCAAUGGAUAACCACCCGAGGAGAGACCUUCCCCCUCCAGUCGCGAUGAGUCGAUCCGCGGAGACAACUAUGCCAGUUAUGACCUCGCCAAGCCAACUUCCCAGAUUCGAACCGUCACAACACUCGGAAGACUCAUUGCGGCAAUGGCUUCGCACCAAAGCCGAGGAAGAUCGGAGGCGGCAGGAAGAGGAGCGAACUCGUCAAGAAACCUUAAAGCUAGAACAACGGCGGAUCGAGCAAAGUAUGCUACGCGAUGCUUUUCAAGCGGGUGUGCCCCCUCAGAUGGUACCCUUGAUAUUCGUAGGAAUUGGCGGAGGAAAUUUCAACGUGCCGCCAGAAAUGACCCAGCAGGUCGAGUCCGGUCUUCAACAGAUGCAAACAUGGCAGCAGCAGCAGCAUCGUGCGCAUUCAUCCCAGCAACAAGCUCUACCAACGCAGAUUGCUCCUCAUCUUCCACCGCACGCCUCGGAUCCAUCCCAGCCUCUAUCGCCGGAUAUUCGACGCGGUAACAAUCGUGCUAUUCCGCCAAAUCCUUAUGCUUCUCAACCGGCGCCUAUCCAGAAUACAUCCCCAUCACAACCUGUACCUACGUCACCCACUCAGGCGCAACUUUACCGUGGAUCGUUACAGCCAGCUCGAUUAUAUUCCAUAGGGGACGCGCAUUCUCAGCAGCCGUCCAUACCGCGCCUGAAUACUAGCGAGAUACACUUUGGGCAUCCAUCGCAUAAUAUAGGCGCUGCUCAACCUCAGCCUAUAGCAGGGUCUUCAUAUCCCCCUCCUUCGGCUCCGGCUCCGGCUCCGUCCUCCACCAAGUCUGAGACUCAAUCCACUCAGUCUCCAUCUAUCUACUUCCAUCAUUGGGUCCCACCUAGUCAAUCACAGCCGAGUACACCGUCCACCAGGGGCCGGCAAGAAUCAUCUUCGCGAGCUCAUGGCCAGUCUGAGGGCCAUACGUCUCCGGGACGAAAACGUAAAGCUGCUGGGUCCCAUCCACCGCCUCCUCCACCAGUCACUUUGCAUCACGAAAAACCUUCACCUGCGUUUUCACAUUCCUCACCUCGUCGUGCCUCAUCAACACGCAUCGGCCACACCCCAAGCCACUUUCGCCAACACAGCGACUUGAGCCAUGGCUCUAGGCAAGAGCACUCCGAGUCGGACUCGGAUAAUUUUACGCGUUUCCGACCAGGUCACGAUCAAGCUCUCGAAGAAGGAGCUCAGAUGUACCGUCAGGGCAGCCUCCAGGUCGAUGAGAAAAAAUCCAGGCCAAUGCAUUUGUUAUUGCGUUGUGACAUUCUUGGUACUUUUUAUGUCAACGCUAGGUUCGGUUCACAAACUUGCAUUUCUUCACUUCAAUUCUCUCUCAAACUUCUCUUUUAUGUUAUUGAACAUAUUUUAUACCUAUACUUGUUUAUUAUAUAUCACAUGAUCCCCACUCGGCAGGAACCGUUUUGGCCUCAUGUUUUAGACAUCACAUUUGGGAUUGGUCCCUUUGCAAGGAAACGCAAGGUAUUAUGGGUUGGGCAAGGUCGGAUGUGA